UGUAUUAGACAAGGCGUGUGCCGCUGUACACGACCAGAUAUGGGAGUUUACCGGUACCUGCUGGUCAGCUGGUCAGUAAUAACAACAUUGACGGUGGUUAACGCAUCAGAAAACAUCGCCUCUGGUAAAGCCACUAAUCAAAGUGGUGUCCACAAUAACUACGACAGCUCUAAAGCCGUAGACGGAUGUGUCCGCACAACCAUGCUCUCUAACUGCUGUACACACACGGCCACAGGUCAGACCGAAGCCUGGUGGCAGGUUAAUCUACAGACACAGUCCGUCAUAGACUCCGUGAAUAUUAUAUAUAGAGAUGAGAACUUUCUAAGCAGACUCGCCGGAUACGAGGUAUACCUGUCUUAUACACAAGACUGGACAUCAGGAACAAGGUGUCAUAAGGACACCACAGCUGACCUGGCGUCCGUGUCUGUGAUACAGAACGUCCAAUGUCCAGGUGUCGCCCGGUAUCUGACCAUCUACAAUGACCGUCGAGUAAAAGCAAAAGCGUGGUACUCGGAUGAUGCUAUACUGGAACUGUGUGAAGUACAAGUUUAUGGGUGUCCAGUUGGAAAGUACGGAAAUGGAAAUUGCAAUAACGACUGCAUGAACUGUGUCAAUAACAUGUGUGACGCAACAUCUGGUACAUGUGGAGAUUGCGCUGCUGGAUAUCAUAAAACCGGUGCAUUUUGCGUCCCAUGUCCGGUUAACUGUGCGGUAAAUAAAUGCGACAGUCUUACUGGAGCUUGUACAGACGGCUGCACAGCGGGAUUUUCAGGCACAUUGUGCAGAUGUCCAGUAAACUGUAAGGACACAAGCUGUCCUGUUGAAGGCCAGUGUACAGACUGUAUUGAUGGAUACUACGGACCAUUCUGUACACCAUGUCCUGUUGGCUGUAGCCCUGACACAUGUGACAAAACGUCAGGACAUUGUGUUCAAUGUGAUAUUGGAUUUUAUGGCAGUUUUUGUAAUCAGUCUUGCCCUGUUAACUGUAAAAACAACGUUUGUUACAAGGACAAUGCUCAAUGCACAGAAUGUUUUAUUGGAUUCUACAGUAGUUUUUGUGAUCAGCCUUGCUCUAGUUACUGCAAAAACAAUGUUUGUAACAAGGACAAUGGUCAGUGCACAGGCUGUAAUGAUGGAUUCUACGGACCAUCCUGUACACCAUGUCCUAGUGGCUGUAGCACUGACACAUGUGACAAAACGUCAGGUCAUUGUGUUCAAUUCUAUAGUAGCUUCUGUAAUCGGUCGUGCCCUAUUGACUACCAAAACAGCAUCUGUAACCAGGACAAUUGUCAUUACAAAGAAUGUGAUAUUGGAUUCCAUGGCAGUUUCUGUAAUCAGUCUUGCCCUGUUAACUGCAAAAACAACGUUUGUAAUAUAGACAACGGCCAGUGCCAAGAAUGUGAUAAUGGAUUCUAUGGUAUUUACUGUACUCAGCCUUGCCUUAUUAACUGCAAAAACAAUGUUUGUAUGAAGGACGACGGCCAGUGCACAGAAUGUGAAGCCGGAUUCUAUGGCUCUGAGUGUAACGAGUCUUGUCCUGACAACUGUCAAGAUGCUUUGUGUUAUAGGAGUAGCGGAGAAUGCGAAGUAUGUGUAGCCGGUUUUCACGGCAGCCAAUGUUUAAAGUCCUGUGGUGAUUGCCAAGGUUUGAGUUGUGACAAGGACUCGGGGGAUUGUGCAACAGGAUGUACAGAUGGAUGGACAGGAGACAAAUGUGACACCAAGGUUGUUAUAGUAAUGAAUGAGGAUGCUGCAGUUGGGAUAGGCGUCGGAUCUGGAGUAGUUAUACUGGCUCUGGUCGUCGUGAUCAUUGUUCAAACCAGACGUCUGGCGAUGAAGCGAGGUGACACCACAAGGUCUACACAUAUGACAGAUAUUACAUUGUCGAGAACUGCAAAAGGGUUAAAUAACGAUCAAGAUGGUAACUAUGACGAAAUAGCAACUCACAAGGAACAAAGUAUUGCACAGAUCUCCCACACAGAGGGAAAUUAUGAACAGCUUGAACGCAGGGAGGUGGACGUUCCACACAUGUACGACACUACAAACGUUGACACAAAAACUUGAGACGAUGCUCCUAGUAAACUGGACAGUUGCAAUAGUCAGCAAAAUGUUGCCGUAAGACUUUAAGAAAAUGGCAUACGUACCUUUUUGUUUCGCUUUGUUUAGGUUUGAAUCGGUUCAUAGUUUAUCAGAAUAUUAAUAUCAAGGGGGUUGAGCCAUUUAUACGAAGAGUACACAAGUCUACUGACAAAUAUAACCUAAAGAGAACUAAUUUAAAAGUGGUUUAAAGUAUUCAGGAGUUGUUACUUAGAUUUUGUGCAGUAUUUGAUAAGAGUCAAUGGGUUGUUGACUACAUUUAUCACGAUGUUUCGGUAUUUUUAUAGACAGAGAUGAUGUUUUGAACCAGAUGUGUAUUUUUUGGGCGACGGAAGUUUAUGUGAUGCUUUGAUACGAUAAGCAGGUUCUCGACUGCAGUUUUUAAUACUUAUUUUCGAGAAAUAUUUCUCCAUCACAAUAAUAAAGCCGCUGGGUAUAGCAAGGCUUGGGAAUUUUUAUGCAGGGUAAGUAAUACGUUGACAAUUAUCCAGUGUCUUAACAAUUAUUUGUUUAGACUAAUCGUGCUUUUGAUGUACAUUGAACCUGGGAAUAAUUGAAAGAAAAUAUGUACAUAACAUAAACCUACAGAUAUAUCCAGGUAAAUGUACAGUUGUUUCACUUGCUGUGCUACAUUUUAUUGGGGUUUUUUAAAUUUCUAUGAUAUAUGAUUCAAUGCUGUCUUGAAGAAUAUUAAUCACAUUGCAUUACGUUUACUUCAAAUAUAUCAUCAAUUGUCAAGGUCUGCUGUUAUCUGAUAUAUCUUGAUAUGUAGCAUAUGUAUACAUACAUCGUUUAUAUCAUCAUUCCCUCAAAUACAUAUUAUCGCAUCAAAUAGCAUUGAUUAAUCGUUGAGACUGCUUUCGUUUAAAUUGUUUUUUGGUAAAGAAAAAAAAAACACUUUUUUUUUAUAUCCUAAUGACAUUUUGUGCAUAUUUUUGCUUUUUUUACUUAAUUGUGUAUUAUUGUUUAGAACAUAUUCAGAAUUGGACCAUAUUUUUCAUUUUCCAUUAAAUAUCAACUUAGCCUCACUAAUUGUAUGCUGUAAUGUUGGUAGUAUGUAAUUUGUCUAAUCUAACAUAUUUGUUUUUGUGAGCUUUACCUACAUAUAUCUGUGUAUCAAGUGGUUUUUUAAAGCUGAUAUAUACAGUAUAUUGAAAUAAUUUCAAUGGUUUAACUGAACAAAAAAAAUAUGAGAAUUAAGUUAAAGAUUAUCGAACCACGCCCAAAAACAGUAAAUAUGUAUAUUGAGCUGCAUUUGGGUAUAUAGUUGUCCUCAAUUGGGACAGACGUUUUCCUUUAUAACAGACAUUAAAUGUCCCCUAUAUAAAUACACUGGAAGAACUGGAGAACACCUCUUUGACCCCUGGACCCUAUACUAGGAGGUGUGACACCCUAAACUAUAUGGAUUCUAAUUUGUAUUGCCUAGCGUUUCAUAUUGGGAUAUAGCAGUCCUCAAUUUCUAUUUUCUAUAGCGCACGGCGGGCUAGGCGGGCAAACUGAUAUGUUUGUGUCGUGUUGUUUAUGACGUAGUAGAGAUUGGACGUAAUACACACAGAUGAUGUCAAUUAUAAGUACACAGACACGAAAUGUUUUAGUCAUUACUACACAGACUAAGAUGAUGGUGUCAGUAUUUAACACACAAAGAUGGUGUCAGUCGUGAAUACACAUACAAAUAUGGUGUCAGUCAUUACAUCGACAGGCUUGAGCCUGAUGGUUCAGGAGACCUAAACACUUUACGACACGACACAAUACACUAGAUAGACACGUUAAGUGUUAAUAAUUGUAGAAUUUUGAGUCAUUUGUCACAAAAAAACCUGGUCGUCACCAGGCCUCGAUCUAUUCACAUACAAAAAUUUCAUGACAAUCUGUCUCUAUGUGUGUACAUGUAUACCAUGCUAGAGUAUUUGAACAGAACUAUAUCAAUCAGAGGCAAUACUACACAAGUAUUCAUCAGUACUGUGUCACCUUAUAGGCCGGUGAUGGGCCAGUGUGAGGAAGUACAAUCUCAAGGUGGCUGAGAAAUGUGAUGUCACAUUCGAGUGCGAAUGUGCAAAAUUUUGGGGCACACAUUGCUGCUGCUAUACUAGUGCUACAUCAUUACGCAGUGUUCCAAUACAACAGAUCAUGAAAGCCGCGAGCUGGUGGCAUGAUAGUACCUUUUUCAGGUUCUAAAACAGGCAUGUUAUUGACAAUGAUGAUAACAAUGCAAAUAAUUCCUUGAGUGAAUUGUUGCAUAAAGCACUUCACAUUCAUAUGAGAUGAACUUGUGUUUCAUGAGAUGUACUUGUAUUUUAUAUAAAAAGAAACUUAGUAGAAUGUUAUAUGGUGGUCAGUUUUUAUUUGCAUGGUCCCCGUGAAUUGUAUACGCCGUACCCGGAGCUGUUUCCCGUACCCGGACUAGGGACAUUAUGUUUUUUUAACUUAACAACGGUUAAUGGAAUAGCUCAUGUUUUCUACAAAAUUUCAAACAAAUAUUUGAAAAAUUCACAACUUUCAAUGAAGGUUUAAUACUUCCGAUUUUUUUUUGAAAUCGCCGAUGGGUAUAUUUCAGGCGUGAAUUUGUGUACUCAGCCUUGGAAUUUUACAAUUUUUUGCAAAUUGUCCUUUAUAUACGGUUUAAUCUUAUGAUUUCUUCGAUUCUAAUAUACAGAUAAACCCAUCCAUCCAUCCGUCGCAGCAUACGUGCAAAUUUAUUCCUUUCUACUUAUAUGAUAUUUGUUACAUUAUAUACAUCUUUAGGUUAUUUGUUAAAUUAAAAUGAUUUAAUCGUAAAUGUUUCAUAAAAAAUACCCCAAACAUGUAUAAUUAAUUUUUUUAUUAUAUAGUUGAAAAUCACCCUUCCUGAUGCGUUUGAUAAAAUAACUAAACUAUCCGAUGAGACAUAAAAUUAUUGUAUCUAGGCAAAUUUACUGAUAUGCCAAACAAAACUAUCUCUUGAAAAAUUAAAACCUGAUGUAUUACUUACACAUCUGAAUUGUUACAGCCAGCGUCAAAAGUAACCAUAUAUCGUCAAAAACAUUUAGAAAGAUGACAACCGUCUGAUUCACAAUCAAUAAAAAUACCAAAGGAUUAAGUCUGAGAAUCUUCUUUUUCCUAUAUUUAUUAAAUCUAGCAAAGGUGCCAUACAAUCAGUAUCGAAUUAUAAGUCCUCCUUCCCGUUAAACCCACCCAAACAAAAUUUUACUAGGUUCAACCACAUUUGUCUGUUGCUGCAGGUUUGAUAAGAUCGUUUUCAAAACUUCUCCAUUUUCCCCAUAUGCUGAUGAUAACUGAAUUUCUAAAGAAGCUGACAAAUGACCCUUCUGUUUAGUACUACCUAUCAAACUAUCGAGUAUAUAUACCUCGUUACCAUCUACCUCUUAUACUGGCACUACCGAUGGUUCUUUGCGGUGUAAUGGAUUUGCGCUGCUGCAGCUGUAGUUGUUUCAUUCUUAGUGCAUUCUUAAUGCAUAAUUCCACUUACCAUUCUCAAAAUUGGAGCGUAACCUGUAUCUUGCAUACCGCUUAUAAUAUUAUGAGGACACCAUUUCUUUAAAAUGUUUUCAACAUAGCAUAAUUAUGGUAUUUCCACAAUUCUUUUUAUUCAUUAAAUUAUCAUUUGUUUUCUCUAAAAAAACAGGUAAUUAUGAUAAGUCUAUUGUUCUUUUCUUAAUCAGAUAACAGAAGCUGGGGUAAUGAAUGAUGAUUUAUAAAUGAAAUAGUACAUGGGGAGCUUAAAAACGGAAAAUUGAAAUAGGUUAUACGAAUUUUAAAAAUUGUCUAAAUAUACUGGAAUGGAGUUUUUUAAGACCACAAAAAAAUAAACUAAUUCUGACUUUGAAUUCAUCCAUAAUCUUAAUAUAUAAAUUGAAUAAAUGAUCGAAUAAAAAAGUGUUAAACCUUCAUUCGAAGUUAAGAUUUUUUUCAGAUAUUUAUUUGAAUUUUUUGUAGAAAAUAUGAAUUAAAUCCAUCGAGUCGAUGUUUAGAUAAAACAAAUAAUGUCCAUAGUCUGGGUGCGGGAAACAGGGCCGGGCACGGGUACGGCGUACACAUAAAUUCACGCCCUGAAAUGUAAUCCAGAGACGUAUAUAAAUACACACUGCUGGAAUUACUUCUUUGCCCCAUACAUAUAUGAAAUUAAAUUCAAUGGUAGGCAUAUGCAUGAGCUAACGGUGACGUGGUCAUCGGGGUGGAUGUCACGUGACGUAGGAUUUAUAUAGUGUGUUCACGUGCUAGUGCGCUCUUUCGAGUUCGUUUGCUCAACACAGUAACACGUACGGCUUAAUUACGAAAGUAUCGUUUAGUCUAGAUGAAUCAAAUAAGAUAGGUAAAAUAUGCCGGUCAGUAAGGGGUUAGAUUGUGCGUGUAUUAUGUUUGUGGAAAGAUGGAAGAAGUUGUAAAUAAAAUCGAAUGAGCAACGAGCUAUA